CUCUUCCAACCACAACCAUGGACAGCUGGACAGAGGUGGCGCGUAUCCCAGCCACAAUGGCAGGCUCUGCCGUCCUAGAUUCCCCCAACAUAUCAGCCCUCACCUUUGACUCCGCCCUCAAUCUCCUCUGGUGUGGUGACUCCGACGGCUACACUCGUUCAUUCACUCCCCUGACCCAACAUGGAGCCAAUCCCUACCAGCACGCGUUCCAAUUGUAUCCCUACACGCGUUUCAAGUCAGCAACCGGCACUACGCCCGUUCGCCAGUACUUAAACCACAAAGAUGGCAUUCUUUCCCUCCUGAACAACAAUGUCAACUUCAACACCAGAAGAGGGGCAUGUCGGUUGAGUCUUACAGCCGAGUCGUUUGGAGAUACGCUGUCAGCAUUCUCUGGACUCGCUUGUAUGACCACCAAUUGCAACACCUUGAACGACAUCGUGGUAGGCACGAAGUCAGGCCUUCAUAAGUUCGACUUGAACAAGCCUAACGUGCUUUCGACGUUCUCCUACCAGGGCAGUACGUCACACAUCCACCAGACGUCCAAGUUCUUGACGUUGGGAGCGUCCAACGGCUCGCUCGAGCUUUUUGACCCCAUUUCCAACGAGGUGAUCAAGUCUUUCCAAGGCCACAAUGGCCUCCUUUCAGACAUGGACGUGCAAGGCUCGUACAUCGCCACUUGUGGAUACUCUGUGCGUCCCAGACGGUUCAACAGCCACGCACAUCACCAGGACUUCGUGGUGGAUCCGCUUGUCAACAUCUACGACGUGAGAAUGAUGAGACUCGUGUCGCCCAUCCCCUUCCCUGCGGGCGCCACCUCAGUCAGAUUCCACCCCAAGUUGCCUAACAUCAUCAUCAUAGCCUCAGCUACUGGCCAGAUGCAGUUCGUCGACAUAUAUGACCAGACAAAUGUCCAUCUCUACCAAUCGGAUUUGUCCCUGCAACAGCUGGUCUCGUCCUCCCCCAAGUUAUCACACCUUGAGGUCAGCGAUAACGGCGAAUUCCUUGCCUUCUCUGACUCCAAGACGAACCUCCAUGUGUGGUCGUUAAAUAACACGGGAGGCUCCAAAGACUUUGUCAAUUUUCCUGCCAACAUCGACCAGCCAGACAUCGCCGUACCUCCAAAUGUCGACUACAUACCUGUGGAUAGCACAACUCCCUUCUCCACGGUUGGAAUGCCUUACUAUAAAGACCUUCUCUUGUCCAACUGGGCUCAUGACUUGAAAUUCACCAAAAACUUGGCCAGAUUGCCGGACCAGAUCGACCACGACUUGGUGCUUGAGCAGGACGGGCCUAAAGGAUUUGUUCCCUAUGAUAAAUUGAAAUACGGCCCAAGGAAUACAAUGAAACCCUUCCAGUCCUUGAAGGAGCGUGGAAGUGUGAACUCGAUGGUGAGCAAGCCCAAAUUCAUCAGUGAAAGGUCUCCUACGUCGACUGGCUCUAAUGCUUUGUCUCGAACGGUUUCAAACUCAUCUCAAGACAAUUUUGAAACUAGCGACAACUUUGAGUUAUUAAAAGCCUCCUUUUCUCAGGAAAGUGUUGAACAUGAUAGCAUAUUCCAGUUCAAAGCGCCAUCAUUGGCUACAAACUCUCCCUCCAAUGCUUUCAAUAAGAUUCCCAACUGUUACACCAGAUUACAAAUCCAGUAUUCCAAGUUCGGUAUCAAGGAUUUUGAUUUCAGUUAUUACAAUAGGACUGGUGGACUUUACUGUGGUUUAGAAAAUCAUACUGACAACUCUUAUAUUAAUGGAUUGAUACAAUUAUUCCGUUUCCAACCACAGAUUUACAACUCGAUAACAAAGAAUUUGAUUCAUGAGUAUUUACCUUCCGAUUAUGACACCAUUUUGACCCAGCAGAAUCCACAAGGUUCAUCUAUUUUGAAUGAAUUGGGUUAUCUUUUUGACAUGAUGUACAAAGCUCAGGAUAAAAAUGUUAAGAUUUACAACUUUUCACAAGCUUUGAAUCAAAACAGAGAUGCCAAGCUUCAAGGCUUGAUCAAUAUCAACGAAGGUGAAGGCUUNAAUUCUAAAGAUUUAAGAAACUUGAUAGUGAAAUUCAACAAGUUCCUUGUCAAUCAAUUGAAUAAUGACUUGUUCCAUCAAUUUCAGGAUUCAUCGAUUGAGGAUUUGAUGAGAAUAGAACACGAACUCAUUAUUAAGGGUAAUGGGGGAUCAUGUCCUACUUAUGAGAAAAGAACAGGCUUCCAGUUCUCUCUUGACUUGGUCACUCCACCAAGCAAUGUUCUCAAUAAGCUCAGCAUUUUAUUGAAUCCUCUGUUGGCUAACAAGAAUAAUGUACCUGCAACGCCAGCAACCACAAGAAAGAACCACAAUUUGUUAACUUACUUGGAAUAUUCUUUGAACCAGUUUCACACAUCACCAUGUCAACAACAUCAACAUCAAUAUCCCCACAACUUAGAAAUCAAAAGUACAGUUGUCAAGUUGCCUCCUGUGCUCUGUCUCAAUUUAAACCUUACGAACGAGGAGUUCAAGCUUGUUAAUAGCUUUAAGAAGUUGCUUGUUCCAGAGUUCUACACUGUCACUAAUAAGAACAAGAUUUCUGUAAAAGCUACGGUACCGUCUUUUACUCAAGGAAUAACCAAAUAUGAAAUUAAGGGAUACAUUUGUGAAAUCAGCCACCAAUCAGAAAUGUCUCUGGGAUACCAUAACUUAGUGACAUAUGUCAAAAUCGACUCUAAAUGGUACUUGUUUAAUGAUUUCUUGGUCAUGCCCAUCCCAGAAGAGGAGGUGUUCAAUGUUUCGUACCCAUGGAAGAAGCCAGUGAUCUUGCUCUACCAAGACGCAAGUCUCGGGUCAGAGUUCCAAUAUUUCAAACCAGAAACUUUCAGUAAUUUUGCAAACUUAAACGAUUCAAUCCUAUACCGUGAUCAUUUCGCAGGUACGAUUCGUGAAUCAUACAAAAAGGAGUAUGAAUUGUUGACUCGCAAGGAGGCACCAACUCUUGGAUCGUUGAUAGCAAUUGAUGCAGAAUUUGUGUCUUUAAGUCCAGAAGAAUUAGAAGUGCAUUCUGACGGAACGAAAAAAUUGAUAAAACCCAAAGAUCUUUCGUUAGCAAGGAUGUCUGCCUUGAGAGGGGACAAUGGACCUUUGCAAGGCAAGGCUUUUAUUGAUGACUAUAUUGUGCAUACCUCAGAAAUCUAUGAUUACUUGACAAGUUUUUCGGGGAUAGAACCUGGCGAUUUGGAUCCAAUCAAGUCUGAAAAAAACUUAGUCACUCUACAAACAGCAUACAGAAAAUUAUGGCUCUUGUUGAAUUUGGGGGUAGUCUUUGUUGGGCAUGGUUUAUACAACGAUUUCAGGUGUAUCAAUUUACAAGUUCCAAGUUCUCAAAUAAGAGACACAGCAGAAUUUUUCUACAAGAGUGAUUUCAAGAGACAACUUGGUUUGAAGUUCUUAGCGUACGUUUUGUUAAGGGAAAAGGUUCAAACUGGAAAUCACGACUCCAUUGAAGAUGCCCAUACUGCCUUAUUGUUGUACAAGAAGUAUGUGGAAUUAAAGGCUACUGGUAACUUUGAGCAAACCUUGAACUACAUUUAUUCCGAGGGCCAACAAUUAAGAUUCAGGGUACCGGAAUAAGUUGAUCCUGGUCUUGCAGUGUAUAUUAGCAAUGUAGUAAAAUAAUUCAACUGAGAA